AUAAUAUUCAUUCUAUUAUUGCGUAUGUAUUGAUCUGUAAUCUCUGGAACUAGUGGAUUGUAGUGUACUCAUUCCUGGGACGUAUGACUCUCGUUGAGUUCGAACCUCGUAAACUUGUUGUGUUCUUCAUCUUCUUCGUUUUCCGUGUGCGUGUUUGUUGUGAUUAAUUAAUUGCUUCAUUACAAAAACAUUUAAUACAUCCAUAAUCCAAUCCCAUUUCAACAAUUAAUUAAGGUAACAAUAAUAAAAUGGAAAAAUUAAAUUACACAAACCAGCAAACGCAAACACCAAAUCUAGUAAGUCUAUAAAGAGUGAUUAAAAUUUAAAGUAGCAUACAAACUACAAACACGUGGCUGACAUAUUAUUCAUGGAGCAGUUGAAACUAAAACAAGAAAAAUUUGCUCCCAAAAUUCAAACUCUCUAGCUAGUUGAAAUGGUCACACAAUAAAUCCCUACUUAGCAUAUUUGCUUGUAAUAAGAGGAUUCAGUACACAUAGUAGAGCAGUUGGUACUAUCAAUUUUAGAAAUAUAAUAUUUUCUAUAUAAAUCCACCUUUGCUACAAACAAACUUCAUCAAUUCAAGAAAUCAAAUACAUAAAAGAAAGUUGUAAAAAUUUCAUCAAGUAAAUCAUAAAUGGCUUCUCUCAAAGUCCUUUGCAGCCUCGUUGCGGCGGUUCUCUUCUGUUGCUCUCUAUCCGAAGCUUUUCCGGGUUCGGGCUACGGGUCGGGUUACGGCGGCCCGUAUUCGGGCCACCUUGUACCCGAAUACUACCGGUUUUCAUGCCCACAAGCAAAUGAGAUCAUAAUGUCUGUACUGGAAAAUGCUAUUGCCAGAGAUUCAAGAAUGGCUGCUUCUUUGCUCAGGCUCCACUUUCAUGAUUGCUUUGUCCAGGGCUGCGACGCUUCGGUUUUGCUUGACGACAGUGCGAAUAUAGCGAGCGAGAAAAAUUCAGGGCCGAACAAGAAUUCGCUUAGGGGAUUCGAAGUGAUAGACGAGAUCAAAGCGAAAAUCGAACAAGUGUGCCCACACACUGUUUCUUGUUCAGACAUUCUUGCUCUUGCUGCAAGAGAUUCUAUUGUCCUAAGUGGUGGGCCCCAUUGGGAAGUGCCAUUAGGGAGAAGGGACUCAAAAACAGCAAGCCUAAGCAAAUCAAACACUGAUAUUCCAGCUCCUAAUUCCACAAUUCAGACACUUAUCAAUCAAUUCAGUAAACAUGGUCUUGAUGAACAAGAUCUUGUUGCACUUUCUGGGGGGCAUACAAUUGGAGUGGCAAGAUGUGUGACAUUCAGACAAAGAUUGUACAACCAAAACGGCAACAACCAGCCCGACGUGACAUUGGAGCGAAAUUACUACAACGGCCUUAAAACCGUUUGCCCUAAAAGCGGGGGCGAUAAUAAUAUUUCGCCUCUGGAUUUUUCAUCUCCGGUGAAAUUCGACAACAGGUACUUUAAGUUGAUAUUAUGGGGCAAAGGGCUUCUUAAUUCGGACGAGGUUUUGGCGACGGGGAGUGUGAGGAAGACGUUGGAGCUCGUUCGAAGCUACGCGGAAAACGAGGAGCUUUUCUUUCACCAAUUUGCUAGUUCAAUGGUGAAGAUGGGGAAUAUUAGUCCUCUUGUUGGUUUGCAAGGGGAGAUUAGGAAAAAUUGUCGUAGGUUGAAUUAAAAAAAAAAAAACAAUUAUGUUUGCUACAUAAUGUAUGUGAUUCUAGUAUGUGUGUGUGUUUUUGUUCAUGUUAAGUGAAAUAUGUAAUAAGUGUGUGUUGGCAUUUGAAAAGCUAUUUAUGUUAGUAUUGUGUAUUAA